AUGCCUCGAGCAGAAGAUGAAGUCAAAGGUCUUCAGCGGCUGCGCUGGUACUGUCAAGUGUGCCAGAAGCAAUGCCGAGACGAGAACGGCUUCAAAUGUCACGCACAGUCGGAGUCGCAUCUGCGGCAGAUGCUCGUUGUGGGCGAGAACGCCGGGCGGCACAUCUCCGACUUCUCGUCUGAAUUCCAGCACGAGUUCGUGCAACUGCUCUCCCGCCGUUUCGGGACGAAGCGUGUCAAGGCGAACACCGUCUACCAGGAGUUCAUCCAUGACAAGCACCACCUGCACAUGAACGCGACACGAUGGGUCACGCUGACCGAGUUCUGCAAGCACCUUGGCCGCACAGGAGUUGCGAGGGUAGAUGAGACCGAGAAAGGCUGGUUCAUUGCAUGGAUCGACAACAGUCCGAAGGCUUUGGCCAAGCAGGAAGCGUCGCUCAAGAAGGAGCGGAUGACUAUGUCCGAUGAGCAACGUGAGCGAAUGCUUCUCAGCGAACAGAUAGAGCGGGCGGCAGCGACGACUUCAUCCGAGUCGCCACCCCCGCCUGUAGAGGAGGGAUUGAAGCGCGAUGAAAGCACGGAGAAAGUUGUCCUGUCUUUUGCGCCGAAGGCCCUAGCUACCUCGAGCGCAGGCCCCCCAGGCGGGUUGAAGCUCAACCCCCUGAAACUCAGUGCCAAUCCGCUCAAGCCUGCUGUCAACCCGCUGAAACGGCCAAAUGUCUUCAAAGCAGCGGCAGUGUCCUCGGCGACUGGCUCAGCAUCAGCGGACGAUGAGAAGAUUCACGGAAAGAAGAGGGAGGCCCCAAUGACCGCUGCGGAAAGGUUGAUCUUCGAGGACCAUCAGCGUAAGCGGCGACGCAUGGAGCGAGAAGAUGUGGCGUAG